CAUAGAUUUGAAGCCGAGCCUCCUCCAGGUCACCAGCAGGUCAGAAGCUACCGGAACUGGAACCCUCCUUUGCUUGGAAAUCUCCCAGACGAUUUUCUGCGGAUCCUGCCACAGCAGUUAGACAGUAUAAAGCAGAGCUCUCAGAGCAGUCUAUCCCAACCUUCAUCAUCCUCCUCCUCCUCGGUGUCUUCAAUAAGCCAGUGGACAGCCCAGUCUGGCUCUCGCCCUGGAGCUGCAGGGACCACUGGAGAUCCAGGUUUGACAACCGGAGCUACGGAGCAAGACAAGAAACUGAAGCAGUAUCUGGAAGACGAGCGCAUCGCCCUGUUCCUGCAGAACGAGGAGUUCAUGAGAGAGCUGCAGCGCAACCGCGAGUUCCUCAUCGCCUUAGAGAGAGAUCGCUUGAAGUAUGAAUCAAAGAAAUCAAAGUCCAAUCAUUCAUCUAGCAUGGAGAAUUCCACAGGAGAGCAGUACUCUGCAGCUUCACUGGAGGCCGUCUCAGAUGAUGCCCUAUUCAGAGACAAACUCAAACACAUGGGCAAAUCAACGAGAAAGAAACUGUUUGAAAUUGCCAGAACAUUCUCAGAGAAAACGAAGAGGAGGAAGUCAAAAAGGAGGACGCUCCUGAAGCAUCAUUCACUGGGCGCAGCCAACUCCACAGCGAAUCUUCUCGAUGAUGUAGAGGGAAACCCCUGUGAGGAAGAUGGUCAGCCUAGAGAGGCAAACACUUCAGGAGAGAUCAUCGAACAACGCAAUGAGCCAGUAUUCAUGAUCCUCCCAUGUUGCACCAUAUCAGGGUUACCAUGGCGACGACAGCAUGACCCAUGGGUGGUGGCCUUGGAGCUCUUCCUGUCCCCACCUGCUCACCCUCACCCUAAUCCAAACCAGCCAAUGUAA